AUGGCAUGCCUGAGGAAACUUAGCUGCAUUCUGGGCCUGAUUGCGCUGGUGCCUUUAGUCUGUGAAGCUAGGGUUCUAGCGCCCUCAGGAUUUGUUCAAGUUAGAGGCACUCAAUUCAUCCUAAAUGGUUCGCCCUUUCUCUUCAAUGGGUUCAACUCCUACUGGAUGAUGAACGUGGCCACCGAGCCGACUGAUAGGAUCAAGGUGUCUAACGUCUUCCGCGAGGCCUCGGCAGCGGGUCUUAGCGUCUGUAGGACGUGGGCAUUCAGUGACGGCGGUGAUCGGGCUCUCCAGACGUCUCCCGGUGUCUACAACAAGCGUGUUUUCCAGGCCCUUGAUUUCGUGAUCUCGGAGGCGAGAAGAUACCGGGUUCGACUCAUUUUGAGUUUGAGCAAUAACUACCAUGACUAUGGAGGGAGGCCUCAGUAUACUCAAUGGGCUAGAAAUGCCGGCAUCCCCAUUAACAACGAUGACGAUUUCUACACUAAUGCAGUUGUGAAGGGGUACUAUAAGAACCACGUCCAGAGAGUGCUAACGAGGGUCAAUACGAUCACCGGCGUCGCAUAUAGAGACGACCCAACCAUCAUGGGAUGGGAGCUAAUGAAUGAACCUCGUUGUCAGGUUGAUUAUUCUGGCGAUACUGUAAAUGACUGGGCUCAAGAGAUGGCAUCCUAUGUGAAGUCGAUUGACAAUAAGCACUUGCUGGCAAUCGGCAUGGAAGGUUUCUACGGAGAUUCCAUGCCGGAUCGGAAGCAGUAUAACCCAGGCUACCAAGUCGGGACGGAUUAUAUCAAGAACAAUCUCAUAAGAGAGAUCGAUUUCGCGACAAUCCAUGCAUAUCCUGAUAUUUGGUUGUCGGGUCAGGACGAGGAUGCUCAAACGGCAUUCGUGCAGAGGUGGUUGGAAAGCCACCAGGUCGACGCGAAGGCGAUCAUAAGGAAACCGCUGGUCUUCACCGAGUUCGGGAAAUCGAAGAAGGACCCCGACUACAGCAUAAGCGUGCGGGAUGCGUACAUGAACACCGUCUAUUUGGACAUCUACAACCUCGCGAGAAACGGAGGGACCAUCGGCGGGGGCCUGGUGUGGCAGAUUCUGGCCGAGGGGAUGGACUCCUACGAUGAUGGGUACGAGAUCGUACUAUCAGACGAGCCAUCCACAAAUGCAAUUAUUUCUCAGCAAUCAGCGAGAAUGACAUCUCUUCAACGCACUUUGGGUUAA